AUGGAGAAGAUACCAAGAGGAAAGCGCGCCAGCGAAAACCAAAAAGAGUUUUUAAUAAAUUAUCUAGACAAUGUAGACAUUGCAAACGAUACAUUUGUGACGGCAGAUGGUGCCAAAUUUCGCGAAGAAAAGUGGAAAGAACUAGCGGUGAGCCUUAAUGCUCUUGGCGGCACUCAAAAGGAUGGUGCAAAAUGGAAGAAGUAUUGGAGCGAUUUAAAACUUCAUACUCGCACAAAAUAUAGUGCAAUAAGGCAGGCAGAGCAGAGAAGUGGUAUAAACGGUUUGAGCCGGGCCAAAGCACUGUCACCGCUGGAAGAGCGCAUAAUUAAGAUUACAACUGUGCAGGCAGUCGAUGGUGAUGAAACGGGCGAAGUGGGCUUUGAAGCACUCGACAUGGCAGAAGCUUCUCACAAUCUCGCUGACAUUGUGGAGGAGACAUUCGAAGUUGUUGUGGCUGAAUGCGAGUUAGAUGGUACUGCAGCCGCAACCACAUUGGAAGAUGCAACUACGUGUCCAAUGAUGGGGGCGAGCACCUCAACUGCUGCAUCAAUAAGAGGCUGCACAGCAGCAGCCUGUUCGAGAGGGCGAAAAAGAAAGGCGCAAGCAGAAAACCCUCAGUUAAAAAAAUUUUUUAGGCUAGAAGAAAUCAAGGUAAGGGAAAUGGAGAUCGCCAAUAAUUUAAAACGCGAACAGAUCCAAGCGGUGAAGGAGCAGACAGAGGCAAUAAUAGUAAUACAACACUUAAUUGAAAUUUUGAGGCGGCCGUGA